AUGCUCAGCCCCGCUUUGGGCAUCAAAGCAGCUGUUGUCCUGCUUGAUGAGACUGAAGGCCGGCUCUUAUAUAUACGAACGACGGCUGAAUCGCCUGUACUCCCGAUCUCAAGAAUUAUUAUCGACACGAUGGCUGAUCCACUCGCAAUCGCAUCAGGGAUUGCCGGGCUGCUUUCGCUUGGCAUUCAAGUCACUCAGUCCUUAGUCAAAUUUUACGCUACAUACAAGGACCAAGACACCGAUCUGGCAAAAAUUACGCAUAAUCUCAACAGUCUUCAGAGCAUCUUUCGAGCCCUCGAUAUUGCGGUAAAGGAACGCCGAUCGCAGGCCGACGCCCAGGGUCUACUCCUAGAAGUCGAGAAGGCAGUACGGAAAUGUGAGGACGUCAUCUCCGAGCUGCAGAGCGAGUGUGACAAAUUCCACAAAGACUCGGCCGCCGCUUUAAAGGAUCGCGUCAAGGUUGCUGGACGUCGCGCAGCCUAUCCAUUUCGGAGAAGUACACUAAAGAAGCUCGAAGAAGACGUCAGCGACAUACGUGAAAACCUUUCGUUCGCACUCGAUGUCCUACAGCUAAAGAGCCAGACUCAGAUCCAUGAUAGUAUAGCGGAAAUCAAAUCACUUAACGAGCGAACAAAUGCUAGUCAAGUCUCUUUUACGAUUCGUGGCUGGCUUAUGGCGCCAGAUACAUCCCUUAACCACAACGCAGCAUGUGCGAAACGUCACCGUAACACAGAUCUAUGGUUUAUUAACGGCCGUCGUUUUCGUAAUUGGCUUGAGGAACCCAAUUCUUUCCUAUGGCUAAAUGGUUUUGCAGGAUGUGGCAAAUCGGUCCUCUGCUCGACCGCAAUCCAACAUACAUUCUGCGAGAUGAGACACAAACCUAGAGUGGGAAUCGCGUUCUUUUACUUUUCCUUUAACGACGAGGCAACGCAAAACGACAACGGUAUGCUACGCGCGCUACUACUGCAGCUGUCCGUACAGUUAGAGGAUGGCGAGAUAUAUCUAGAGCAACUACAUACGUUAUAUAAGUCCGGUUCUCCUCCAGUGGAAGUGCUACUUGAUACUCUUCAACGCUUGCUUGACCGAUUCCACAAGAGCUAUAUUCUGCUCGACGCGCUAGAUGAGAGCCCCCGAUACAAUAAAAGGGAAGGUGUCUUGAAAGCGAUAAAAGAGAUGCGCAGUUGGUCGAUACCUAGUGUCCAUCUUUUGGUGACAAGUCGGCGCGAGCUCGAUAUCCGUGAAUCGUUAGAUCCUUCCCAUGAGCAAGAUCUAUCGCCAAGGAAUUCGGAAACCGACAGAGACAUAGCAAAUUUUGUCUCUUAUCAGCUUAAGAACGACGCAAAACUCCAGAGGUGGAAAGCGCAUACGUUGAAUGCCAAUUCAAUGCCCUUUCGGCGGGCCGGAAACCGGAACCAGCUUGACGAAUGCCUACGCACAUUACCUCGCGAUCUGGAUGAAACAUACGAGCGAAUCCUAUGCAGUAUCAGAGAUGAGUAUGUCGAGGACGUGCAGCGAGUUUUGACUCUGCUUUGCUUCUCCAGACGACCACUCACCGUUAAUGAGCUGAUCGACGCACACUCUGUUGAUCUAAGUGAGCCCCCACGCCUUGAUCGUGAUGGACGUUCGUACGAGCAAGAUAGUCUCGUCGACAUUUGUCUUGGCUUCAUCGAGAUCGUCCUUAUGGUAGACAACAAUGGGCGAAGCACCUCGACUGCUCGGAUAGCACAUUUCUCUGUCCAGGAAUAUCUUCAAUCAGACCGUAUCUUGCAACAAAAAGCAGAAAGGUUUGCCAUGCGAAGUGCGCCUGCAAAUACGGAAAUAGCCCAGAUAUGCCUAGUCUACCUCCUGGAGCCAACUCUCUCUGAGGGGCUAUUAGAUGAGGCAAAGCUCAUGGAGUUCCCAUUUGCUCAUUUCGCAGCUACGCAUUGGUUUCAUCAUUAUACGGUCUCAAGGGAGGGGAAGACAGCAAUUGAACAACUAGCGUCGAGGCUUUUCAAAGACGAGACGAGCGCUUUCGUGACGUGGAUACGGUUACAUGACAUAGAGCGCCUGUGGAACAUGAACGUGGAUUAUAACCGCCCACUUACUGAUAUAGCAUCGCCUCUGUACUAUGCAGCCUUGCUGGGAUUGGAAUUCGUCUUGAACAGUAUCUUGACAAUUGGCACUAGGAAUACAGACGUAUCGGUAAUAGUGGAUGCUCAAGGAGGAGAGUAUGGCAAUGCACUCCAGGCCGCAUCACGGAGUGGCAAUGGGAAGGUGGCGCAGAUGCUUCUAGAUCGAGGUGCGGACGUCAACGCCCAGGGAGGAUUCUAUGGCAAUGCACUCCAGGCCGCAUCAUUCGGAGGCUAUGAGAAGGUGGUGCAGAUGCUACUGGAUCGAGGUGCUGACAUUAACGCCCAGGGAGGAGAAUAUGAAUAUGGCAAUGCACUCCACACCGCAUCAUACGGAGGAUACGAAAAUGUGGUGCAGAUGCUAUUAGAUCGAGGCGCCGACGUUAACGUCCAGGGAGGAUUCCAUGCCAAUGCACUCCAGGCUGCAUCACUCGAUGGCCAUGAAAAGGUGGUGCAGAUGUUGUUAGAUCGAGGCGCCGACGUUAACGCCCACGGAGGAGACUAUGGCAAUGCACUCCAGGCUGCAUCAAUCGAUGGCCAUAAAAACGUAGUGCAGAUGUUGUUAGAUCGAGGCGCCGACGUUAACGCCCACGGAGGAGACUAUGCCAAUGCACUCCAGGCGGCGUCCUACGGAGGCCACGAAAAGGGUGGAUAUUAUGGCAAUGCACUCCAAGUUGCAUCAAUCUAUGGCUAUGAAAAGGUGGUGAAGGUGCUGCUGGAUCGAGGUGCAGACGUUAACGCCCAGGGUGGAUAUUAUGGCAAUGCACUCCAGGCUGCAUCAAUCCAUGGCCAUGAAAAGGUGGUGCAGGUGCUGCUGGAUCGAGGUGCCGACGUCAACGCCGAGAGUGGAGAAACUCGACCUUCACUGGUGACCAGUAUUUGA